UCAAGCAAAAUUGUAUAAACUUCCCGUUUUAUUCUGAAAAGCAUUUCAAUAAUGACGGAGACAAACAACGCACCAAAACUAGGCGGGUACGAUUACGAAUUUACAAGCGAUGUUCCGGAGGAUUUUGAAUGUCCUGUGUGUCAUUUACCGAUGAAGGAUCCUGUUCAGAUUGUUCAAUGUGGACACAGAUUUUGUAGCAUCUGCAUGGAAUCACUCUUUCGACUGCCGUCGCCGUUUUGUCCAGCAGACAGACAUCCUUUGUCACGCGAUGAGAUAUUUCAAGAUACUGCAUGUGGUCGAAAAAUCCUGGACUUGAUCGUGAAGUGUCCUUCAAAUGGAUGUCCAUGGAGAGGCGAACUUCGUGAUGUAGAGCUUGAUGUUCACAUUCGUGAUGAGUGUCCAAAAACUGAAGUUCACUGCGAAUACAAGUACUUAGGAUGUGAGGCUGUGUUCCUAAGACCAACCGCUAAGUCUCACUCGGAAUCUCAAGUUGAGGGACAUUUGAAGUUAGCUGUUCGCAGCCUCGAAGCCACUAAACAUCAAGUCCAAGAGCUUGUUAGCCAUCUGAACUGUCAGGCACAGAAGAUGGAGCGAUUGAUGACUAAUGAUGAAGAAAAGUCACAGCAGAUGGAGCGACUGAAGGCCGAAGUUGCAGAGAAGUCAAAGCAGGUGGAGCAAUUGAUUGCCAGAGAUGAUAAGAACACAAAGCAGAUCGAACAGCUAGUUACCAGAGAUAAGGAGAAUUGUAAGGAGAUGGAGCGAUUGAUGGAAAAGGUUUACGAACAAUCACAGCAGAUAGAAAGGCUAAGAAUGACGGCUAGGAAGUGUGCUCCUUUUGUUUGGAAAAUCUCCAGCUUUCAAGCCGUUCUUGAUAGGGCAAACAGAGGAUUUCACCCGCAAAACAUUCUAUUGAGCGAAAAAUUUUAUCUUACCGAGAAUGGCUAUAAAUCACAAAUCAAAUUGGUACUAUUUCACAAGGAACGUUUCUUGUCUCUCUAUAUCAGGAUUGUUCCAGGUAAAUUUGAUUCGUUGUUACCGUGGCCAUUUCUUGAUAAAGUGCGCGUUUCGAUGGAGGAUCAAAACCCAUGCAAGGAAAAGAGGGAAAACUUAUUUCAUGUUUUAGAAUUUGCGAAAAGGAAAGAACGUGUGACUAAGCCUGUGAAAGACGACAGAUUUGAUUGUGGCUUUAAUAUUGCUCAUGAAGUUUUACGAACACGAUCAUAUAUCACAAACGAUACGAUUUG